GGUGAAUAAAAACAACAGUCCAUCCAGUUCAACCUAUAAUCAUUUUUUUUUUAACCACUUCAUGUAUAUAAACGCCAGACAGGAGCAAUGCAGGGGCGGGUGGCCGUUUAUAAAUGGCCUCCCCGCUCCCAGCACCGCGAUCCGAUGCCUGCUGUGUCCUCCGGACACAGUGGAACACCGGUCGUUGUAUGGGACCUCUGUGUGAGGUCCCGAUCAUGAGAUUACUGAUUGGCCAAUCAGUGAUCACGUGAGUAGUAAGCAAGAUGUCACUUCUGACAUCAUUUCUUACUACUUGUGAAAUUUGUGAAUGAUCACAGAGGUCACAUGGUACAGGGC